AGUAUAUUGAAUAUGCAGGAUUUUUUUACCAAAAAAAAAUCAAAACUUAACUUGCAGACAAAAAAAUAUAGGAAAAAGUGGGAGUGGAAAGAAAUGAAAAGCACGUAUUCACUGAAUAUGUUUUCUGCAAUUUUUAAUUGUAAAAUGUAUUCC